CACACUUAUCCAAACAUAAAUAAACAUCCUACCAAAUGUGCUGUGUUGAACACAAAGGAGUUACAUAAUGUAGUAGCAAUACAUUUUCUACAAGAUAAACAAAUGUUGCGUUCACCAAAAUCCAGAAUACACGGAAUUGCAGUGGGUAUGAUAGCCAACAUUACACAAUAGUAAAUCAUAUGUUUCAAACAUACGAAAAUAGACAGGGCACUAGCGAAAAUUUUCAACAUAAAUUCAAUGGAUUGCUUACAGACACCUGGCUUAAUAGGUGUGUAUGAUGUCUAUUUACCAAUUCUUAUCCCGAUAUAAUAUUCGUUGUUCGAUUAUUUAUAUAUGAAGCAACGAAAAUAAACUGCUGAUGCAUAUGUUUUGGAGAGCGGCACUCUGCAGAUGGACACCGAUGAGCCAAAUAUUGUUGACGAGCUGGAGCAAUGGCUAGAGAGUGAGCUGCUAGAAGAUGAUGGGAGCGUUACUGUCCCAUCGUAUAUACAGGUCCCAUUUAAGAUACAUUGGAUAGCUAGUGAUGGAUCUAAUGUGGUGGCCAACCAGAUAUUGGCCACCCUUUCUUCUACACAACUUCAUGAAACCGCUGAUGCACAGCUGUCUACGUCCGUUGAUUGUGAAACCACGAAUACUGAGACAAUUAUUGGUUCCGAUGUAACCAUUGAAAAUCUAAAUACCAGUGAUGAAACAUCGGUUGAAUCAAGUGAUAGUGAUACAAAAAUUGAUGAUGCUCAUUUUACUCUCCCUUCAAAGGAUGUUUCUGGAGUCUCUUCUCUAAAAUACCAAGAUUCCAUUUCACCGUCAGAUCGGCCAUCUCGGAAGCCUUCCCUCUUAUAUUCUUCUAGGCAUGGUAUUCUUAGGCACCAGGUGCCCACGGAUACAAUUAUUGCGGAUGCUUCAACCAUCCUGGCUAUAGUGGAGAGUAUCCGUUGUUCUCACAGCGUUAUCAUCCACGGUAUGUGCGUGAAUUGCUGUGAAGUUAUUGAGGAUGGUGAUGGGAAACGUCCAACUGAAGCUCAAGAGGAACUUUCUAAGAGACGGGCAUCAAAAAAUCAUUUAGUUGACGCUAAUAUGGUUAUUCCUGGUUUCAUAACUAAUGACAAUGCUGUACGUCUUGAUCCAAAGAUUUGUACGGAAAUGGAAUUGCUUGAACUUUUGCGUCUUCUCAAGAAACGGAAAUUAUGCCUUGUUCUAGACUUGGACAAUACACUCAUCCAUUCAUCAUGUAGCAAGGUACCUGAUGAUAUAGACAUACCUGUGAUCGACAUGUAUUCAAAUUCUGAGGGAUGGAAGAUAACCUACCACAACGAGGAAGAUAAUCUUAUGUAUGAAUCCAAGCUUGAAAGUUCGGUUUUGAUGACCAGGACGUUGAACGAAAUGGAUGGUAGUUUAUUUGUGAACUACUACAAGCUAAGGCCUGGUGUCUAUGAUUUUUUAAGGCGUUCUGCGGAAUUGUAUGAACUAUAUUUAUUUACAAUGGGUACGCGAGCACAUGCUAACGCAGCUUUAAAGAUUCUGGACCCCGAUGGAAAGUACUUCGGUGCUCGUGUAUUUAGUCGGUCGGAGACUAACAAUUGCUUCAAGUCACUUUGUCGCAUUUUCCCCAAAUAUCGCAACCACCUUUUAAUUUUGGACGAUUCGGAGAAUAUUUGGCUUGACGCUCCCGGAUUGAUUAAGGUAUACCCUUACUAUUUUUUUACUGAUAUGAGUGUAAUAAAGAACCGGGACGCUCGGAAUUUAGGCAGGGUAGCCGCCGCUUUGCAGGCACACUGUAACUAUUCUAAUUAUAUUUGGCAUUCUGUAAUCAUGGAAAUAUGGAAUGAAAAUGAAAUAGCUGUUACACCAUUACGUGACAAGGAGGGGUUUACCGUUCCUAUGACUUUGUCCAUUCCCGGCAAACAAAUUCCUACGUUCAAGUACAACCACCUUCUCAUCGCCAAUGAGCGACCUAAGGAUAUAUUUAUUGUGGAUGAGGCCAAUGCAAGCUGUCCAAAAGAGGUUAACCAUUCAAAUGAGUCAACAAAGGACCAUCAAACUGUAACUGAUAAAGACCAGGAUGUUUCUGAUAAGUUGACUGCGGGCAGUCCAUUAUUAGGUGGCAGCAUGGCUUUAAAAACACCAGGUAUAACUACAGACCUUCAAACGACUAGUAGUGGUGAAAAAGUGGUUGAGGCACCUAAGAAGGAAAAGGUGGAUUCUAGUGAAGAAACUAAAAAAUCAGAUAUUCUGCCUAGUGGCACUAUUCCAAAUAAAUUUGCACGUCAAAUUGGAAAGAUCUAUGUAAAGGACAACGACGCCCAGCUAGUAUAUAUGACACGAUUAUUAUGCGAGAUGCACCAACAGUUUUUCAAUGAAUUGGACACAGCAGUUUUGGAUAUCUCUAAACUCAAGAGCCUAAUUGACGCGCAACUUCUACCAGACGUCGGCACUUUAUUAGGCAGGCAUCGCGAGAAGUUGUUGCGAGGCGUUGUGCUGCAUGUUAACCGUGAUGAAUUCAGGUGUCUGAAGACCAGAGAGGCGGUUGAUUUCUUUGCAAAGACGGACCUAGGAAACACUUGUCGGAGAUUUGGUGUAAAAAAGCCCACAUCCGAACGUACGGUCACGCACUACUUAACUAAUAAUGGUACAUCAAUCGUACUGGGAGAAAAUACAAAAAAGGUCCACAGCCAGUGGAUAGAGGCAUGUAUAUAUACAUGGACAUUUGUUCCUGAGUCAGGUUUUGACCCUAGUUCAUGGAAGGAGCCAUUCCGUAACUUUUGGGAUGCGCUGCAGGCGCAACAAUUGAAUAAUGUCAAGAAGCCAUAUUAG